AUGGCCGACGAAGCAGCUCGCGCUCACGCCGCUGAAGUGGCGCGCGCUCAAGAAGAAGGAAGAGAUCCACCUCCUCCUCCUCCUAAUCCUGCUGGAGAUGUGAACGCACAACCCCAAGCUGGAGCACCUACAAUCGGAGACUAUGACUCUGCCGAUGCUUUCUUUAUGGAUAGAAACCCUAUCCAUCCACCACCACCUGCAAGGAAUGACUAUGAGAUCAAGCCUCAGAUCAUUGCAUUGUGCAAGCUCUUUUCAUUCUCUCUUGGCGACAAAGCUUCAAGAUGGUUGAAGUCUCUGCCAGCUCACUCCAUCACCACUUGGGAUGAGUACAAGGCUGCAUUCAUCAACCACUUCUACACCAAGCAAAGAUCAAUUUCUGUGAGAAACAAGAUCUCCACUUUUCGCCAAGCCAACAAUGAAUCUUUCUAUGAGGCGCUAGAUCGAUUCAAGGAGUACAUUAGGGACUGCCCUAAUCAUGGUUUCAAUGAGGAAAAUGAUGCGGAGUCAGGUUUUACCAAACUCCUAGACCUCUGCAAGUGCACAGAUCGCGGAAGUAUGGGUAUCGAACACAAGGACUGGCUAUUGAGUACACUUUGUAACUAUGGAUUUUGGAUCAAGCUAAAACAAAAGUAUGAUUGA